GUUUUCACUUUGAGAGCCCGCGGUGCACUUGGUGUAAACGUGAAGACUUUAGGAACUACUCAGUCCAUGAAUUUUCGAAUACAGGACCGCGGCGAUGUCCUCUGCAUUAAAUUUGACCCAACCUGCACCAUACUAAGCCUACAGAGGAAACAUAAUUCCGUUGAGUUCAUCAAUUUUGAUGGUGGAUGUGCAGACAGCACCGAAUACUCACAAACUUGCAAGAAUUCUUCUCAGCUACUUGGAUUCGUUUGGACACGCGAGCGUGAGCUGGUCUAUGUUACCGCGGACGGAUUCGAACUCUAUCAGGUUUGUGCUUUUUGUUUAUACAUCUGUCUAUUGUGUUUUUACACAGCGACGGCCACCUUAAUUGCUUCUUUUACCACGUUUGAGGAAUAUGUAAUGCAUACUCAGUUAACGAGUCGAGACAGUCGAACUAGUUUUAUAUUACUGUCCCAAAUAAGCCUCUUGUAG